GAAUAUGGCGGAUGAAGCGAGCGGAGUUCAGCGAUCAAUUGGUAAAAUUAAGCAGUGGAUUGGCUGGUCUUGGACUUAUCUGUGGGGAUUUUGGUUCCUUCUCGUCAUUUUUCUACUCUAUGUGCUCCGCACACCUCUUCGCUUGAAAGAAAACUUGAAUCUAGCCAUAUUGUUUCUUAACACACUGACUCCAAAGUUUUAUGUGGCUCUUACGGGAACAUCGUCAUUCAUCUCAGGAAUUAUUCUUAUAUUUGAGUGGUGGUACUUUCGAAAGUAUGGAACAUCCUUUAUAGAGCAUGUGUCCCUGUCACAUCUGGGACCCUUGUUAGGAAGCUCUGACAGUACUCCACAGAAUACACAGCAGAAUGUUGCAGAGUGUAAAGUAUGGAGAAAUCCUGGGAAUCUAUUCCGAGGUGCUGAGUAUAAUAGGUAUUACUGGGUGACUGGGAAGGAGCCAUUAACAUAUUAUGACAUGAAUUUAUCGGCUCAGGAUCACCAGACUUUCUUUACUUGUGAUGCUGAUGCCGAAAGCUCUGAUCCUUCUGAUGAGUUAAUGUUAAGAGCAUGGCGGGAAAGAGAUCAAGAAAAGAGAAUCAAAACAGCUCACCAAGCUUUAGAACAUAAUGCUAAUAGUCCAACAGCACUUAUUUUAUUAGCUGAAGAGGAGGCUCAAACAAUUCUAGAGGCUGAAAAGUUGUUCAAACAAGCACUGAAAGCAAGUGAAGCUUUGUUACGGAACAAUGCCACAGUGAACCCAGACACAAAAGAGGAAGCCUUGCACAGAAGAGACACCAAUGUCUGUGUUUAUAUAAGACGAAGACUAGCCAUGUGUGCAAGAAAGCUUGGAAGAGUAAAGGAGGCUAUUAAAAUGAUGAGAGAUCUCAUGAAAGAGUUUCCUCUUAUGAGUGUUCUUAACAUCCACGAGAAUCUUCUGGAGGCUUUGCUUGAAAUGCAAGCUUACUCAGAAGUACAGCAAGUUUUAGCUAAAUACGAUGAUAUAAGUCUUCCAAAGUCGGCUACAAUAUGUUACUCUGCUGCACUUCUCAAGGCCAGAGCUGUCUGUGACAAAUUCUCUCCUGAAAUUGCAGCCAAAAGAGGGCUAAGUCCAGCGGAGAUGGCUGCAGUAGAAGCCAUACAUAGAGCGGUGGAGUUUAAUCCUCAUGUUCCUAAAUAUCUCCUGGAACAGAAGAGUUUGAUUCUUCCUCCAGAGCAUAUUUUAAAACGAGGAGACAGCGAAGCGAUAGCGUACGCGUUUUUCCAUUUACCUCAUUGGAAAAGAGUGGAAGGCGCGCUCAAUUUACUGCACUGUACUUGGGAAGGAACAUUCCGUCUCGUCCCCUACCCACUGGAGAAGGGACAUUUAUUUCAUCCGUACCCAGCAUGCACCGAAAACGCUGACAGAGAACUUCUUCCAAAUCAUCACGAAUUGUCCGUUUAUCCCAAAAAAGAACUUCCUUUCUUCAUUCUCUUUACCGCUGCCCUCUGUUCGUUCACUGCAAUGCUGGCUCUUCUCACGCAUCAGUUCCCUGAGCCCAUGGCUAACGCGGCCAAAACGUGCUUGAGCUGGAUAUCAACACCGUUAAACCUAAUCAUACAGAAAUUUGAAGAUUUCUUUCCGGCCCACAUUUGGCACCAGUUGACGCGCAUCUGAAUUGGUACAGGCACGCGCUUUCGUCCUCGCUUUCUGAUUGACUGUCUUCAUUCCCUUAUUUGGAUGCAUGUGGCACGUGGUCUCAUUGUGUUUGUUCUUCCUUUGGUUCUCUCAAUAAAGGACAAAUUAAAGUGUAUUUAAA